UGUGUGUCUCUCUCUCUCUCUGUCCUUUAGCGCCACAGGAGGAGCUGACCCUUGACCCCGUGCCACCUGCUGACCAUGACAAAGCUGGGCCAGUGGCUGCUGACGCUGGGGCUGCUGGGAGGGACCUGGGCCGGCCUGACCUUCGACGCCCUGGGCCUGGGCCUGCCCGAAUCCGGCCGCCGCCUCCUCUGGCCGCUGCCCGCCUACCUGCUGGUCACCUUCGGCUGCUACUCCCUGGCCACCGUGGGAUACCGCCUGGCCACCUUCAAUGACUGCCGAGGGGCCGCGGAGGAACUGCAGGCUCAGAUCCGAGAGGCGCGGGCCGACCUAGAGGGGCGGGGUUUCUGCUUCUGAGGGGGAGGGGGCUGGGGUUGGUGAGAAUCCCACCUUCCCUCCCCUCGCUGCGAAUGGGAAGGGCUCAGUCAUCCCUUUCUGCACUUUUGGCCCUGGGGGAGGUGUGGGCGGGGAGCGAGAGGGGUCAGUCUACCCCCUUCACGUCCCUCUCCUCCUCAAACAAAUAAGGGUCCAACCAGGGAGGAGUGGGAGGGGGUGGCGGGGGGUGGGGGGGGAGGGGUGGUGGGGAGGAGUGUUCCCUUUGACCUUUGUCGGGGCAACGCGAAGGGGAGCGAGACUGAAACCAAAAUGGAUUCCCUUCCCCCCCCCCCCCCUCCCCCCCUUCCCCAUCUCGGUGAGAAGCAAUGGCUUCUGUGGCCUAAUAGCUCCCCCUCCCCACCCCCCACAACGCAGCCUCCGCACCAUUGGAGGGGUUGGGGGGGGGUGGAGUGGCAGUGGAGAUCCCUCAGGGUGAGGAUUGGGGGAAGGGUGGGGAACCGCCAACCUCUGGGCAAGUUUUGCUAUUUGUUUGUUCCUCACGCGUUAGAAGCCUCGAUUAAAAUCACUUUCCACUGA